AUGUACGUUUUCGAUGGGGUUGAAGGGUAUAGUCCAUCAUCUUUUUUAUCGGCUGUAAAAAACGCUGUUGUUAGAUUUUUUGAUGAACAUAAGCAGAUAAAGGUAAAGAUGGUCCUCUUUUGUAACAUGGCGAGAACAAACCUAUCGACGGGUGAAACGAUCCACACAAAAGCACCAUUCGCAUCAAGGAUCCAUGAAAUCCUCGAAGGUACCGACAUUAACGGUCUUUCUAAUACGAUGGUAGGAAGGAUUCUUGAAAACUUAGCUACCUUUCAGAGCCGUGGUAGCGGAUGGCAAUUUAUGUCUGUUUUUGAUCUGACUAUACACACUGUAGAGUAUAAACCUUUAAGAGGUAACAGAUAUAUCCCCCGUCCACCGGUUUGA